AUCAUUGCUUCAAUUUAGCUCACUCGCUACCUUGAAGAGCACCAUGGCUUCUACAGACAAGCCUGAAUCUGCAUAUAGCUCUGCUCCGGCCAGCGGGGAUUACUUUACGUUCGAUGUUAUCCUGAGAUUUCUGUUGUUUGCGGCAUCAGUGGUGGCAGUUGUGGUCAUAGCCACCGGUGACCAAACAGAGAUGAUGGGGCCUAUGGAACGGGAAGCCAACUUCAAGAACUCACCAGCUUUGAUAUAUUUUCUGGUUGCAUUCUCUGUUUCCGGCCUCUACAGCAUCAUUACAUUUCUAGCAUCAAUUUCUGUCCUCCAGAAGCCAGAUCUCAAAUUGAAGUUCCUUCUCUACUUUAUAUUCUGGGACGCGCUGAUACUGGGGAUCAUAGCAUCAGCAACAGGAACAGCUGGAGGCGUGGCAUACGUAGGUUUAAAGGGAAACCGUCAUGUUAGUUGGACUAAGAUUUGCAAUGUCUACGACAAGUUCUGCAGACACAUUGCUGGUUCUCUUGCAGUGGCUUUGUUUGGAAGCAUCGUCACUGUCUUGCUUAUUUGGCUUUCAGCUUACAAUCUUCACAGCCGUGUCCCCAAGUAGUAUCUAAAUAAUCAUUAAUUCAGCUUAUUAUAUAUGCUCUCAGUUCCAGGGUGACACCGUUCACAAACUUGUUGCAUCUCCAUGUGUCAAGAACUUCUGUUACUGUAUGUAUUGUUUCAGAUGUGCUGGUUAUCUGUAUAUGACAGUAUCUUUAAGGGAACCUGGUUGUAUUUAUCAUUAUUCUAUGUCGUAAAUGAUUUGUAACUAUUCUUCCCCACAAAAAUAACUGUGAUUUCAUUUAAUCUGGAA